CAUGUUGAGGACUGGGUAUGAAAUUGAAAACUUGUUUUGUCAUUUUAAAUAGCAAACAGUUCAGUUCAUGUUUUAUAUUUAAAAUCCUUUAGUUGAACUUUGUAUGUACCACAUGAACGAACUUUAUCAUUGACCGUAAAGUCUGAGUGCCAAAAGUUUGUAUUCAUCCAGAAAAAAUAAUGGAGGACGAAAGUACCCCUGUUGUAUCUGUUCGAGAAGACUUGGUGGCGAAGGCCGUCAAAUUUCUAGAAAACCCGAAAGUAAUUCAGAGCCCACUAGUUCAAAAGCAGCGCUUCUUGCAAAAUCGAGGGUUAACAGAAGAAGAGAUAAGAGUGGCUUGUGAGAGAUCAGGAGCCUACGAUCAUCAUGAGCGAGUGUUAACACCUAGUCCUCCAGGGCCCCAUCCUCCAAAUAUGAUCUCUUCCUAUAGAAAUUACGGGCCACUACAAACUAGUUGGUUCAGUAGACUGAGGGAUAUUGUCCAUAGUAUUGCAAUCUUUAGUGUUGUAGUCUAUGCUAUUAAGAAGUUCUACGAUAUGUAUGUAUCCCCAUUUCUCUUCGGAAAAAAGAGGAAAAGUAUUGAAGACAAAUUAGAUGAUUUAGAACAAAAUGUGGGAGGAUCUAUGCGAGACUUGCAAUCCAGCAUAGUAGACGUUAAAACGGAAGUAGACAGAAUAUAUUUCACUUCAGAGAAGGAAUUACUGUCUGAACUAAAAGAUUUAAAGUCUGAGGUGGGCACACUUAAAGGUCUCUUAUUAACUAGAAAACAAUUUCCAUCAGUGUCCGCUCCUGUAGUACCCCCAUCAAUUCCUGCCUGGCAAAUGUCGAGCGUUCAUCCGGAAAAUGAAGCCGAAUGUGACAACGAAGAUAGCAAAGAAGAAAUGCUUGAAGUUGGUUCAGGUUCAGGGUGUUCAGAACCCGAACAUGGAAUGAAAACUAGCGAGUCCAGUUUAGAAAUAAUUAACCACGAAGACGUUGUCUAGCCCAUAUACUCAUAGAUCAAAAAUUAGUAUAAAAUAUUCGGCUAAAGAUUGUGACGCCGAAUCAUAUCAGAGUAAAAAAAGCAACCGAGAAGGGAACAUUACUGAUUAGGUGAAGUUUGUCAGGUAAAAAAAUCGGUUUCAGACGAAUUUUUGCGGCUUCAUGUAGAUACGCCUUCUGUCUUAAUAGGCCAAUUAUUAUCUGUUUUUGCACAUGAUAAUUUCUAUAGUGUGAUUCUGGAAAGGAUCAUCUUAUGGCAUUUUAAAGACCGCUGGAAAACAUUUUGUUUUUUAAAUACCGUGCUGCUAUUUUUCACAAUUUUUUUCUUCAAACCAAAGUUUUACAAAACUGAUUUUAAGCUUUGCGAUCGUUCAUUCUGCUUAGUUCAAUUGUCUAUAUUCUUUGCUGAUCAUCUCAUUGAAUAGGGUUAAAAUAUUUUUUCAGUUUUGUUAAUAUUUAUUAGGAAUUACAUAUGUUUUAAAACUACGGUAGGUACUGAAUUUUGGGCGUUUUUCUGUACUGCUUUGAUUUAAAAGCAAGUACUCAUAAGUUGAAAACUCAAUUCAGCUCCUGUUGUUAGAUAAUAUCACGUACCGAAUUGCUUAGGUGUUAAACUCACCGAAUUAAUAGCUUGCUUACAGUUUUUACGAUCACUGGGUUUCUUCUUUCUUGACAUUUUCAGUUUAAUGGAAAUGACUCUCGUGUAUAUUACACGGACUAUUUUUUGUGUAAAUAAUGAUAUAGGGUUGUAUAUAUUGUUAUUGAUUAUUUUGUUGUACAAAUAAAACGUAUGGCAAUAAAGAUGAAUUUUCCAUUUUA